AUGGAUUUCGAAUUCUCGGACCAGCUCCCCGUCCAGCUGACGGAGCUGGGAAAGGCCAUUGGUCAGAUGUUUCUGGUUGGUUUUGCUGAGGAUUAUGUAACGGAUGAGACUCGGGAGCUUAUUACCAAGUAUCAUAUAGGAUCGAUCAUGUUAAGGGCCAAGAACUUGAGAGACGCUGAGACCACGCGGAAUCUGAUUCUUGAGUUACAGCAGAUUGCUCAUGAUGCUGGUCAUGAGCAUCCUCUACUAAUUGCCAUCGAUCAAGAAAAUGGCAUGCUGAAUAACCUGAAUGACGAAGAGUAUUUGAGCCAGUUUCCAGGACCCAUGGCCAUUGUAGCUACCAAAUCGCUGAAUCUAGCAAGACAGGUCGCUCAUGCCACGGGACAGCAACUGAAAUCUCUGGGGGUUAACUGGCUUCUGGGACCAGUGUUGGAUGUGCUUACAAACUCAACAAAUCGUUUACUAGGAGUACGCACCAUGGGAGAUGACGCUCAAGAAGUUACAAGAUUCUCACUGGCGUUCAUGGAGGGUUAUGAAUCAGCAGGUAUUUGUCAGUGUGGAAAACACUUCCCAGGAUAUGGUAAUGCGACAGUUGAUUCUACCGUGAGUCUGCCAGUGGUUCCUGAAUCAAUUGAACAGCUCGAGACCUCGUCGCUGAUUCCGUUCCGCGAAGCUAUAAAGGCUAAUAUCGACGCUAUAAUGGUAGGCGGAUGUGCACUUCCAAAAAUCGCUAUGAACGAAAUGCAUGCUUGCUUAUCAGAAAGAGUCGUAAGAGAGCUACUAAGAGAAGAUAUGGGGUAUGAUGGAGUUAUUGUUAGUGAGUGUUUGGAAAUGGAUGCUCUCUAUGAAAAUGUAGGAGUUCGACAGGGUGCGGUCAUGACCGCUAUUGCAGGCUGUGACGUUGUUCUCGUCUGUUCAUCUUACAGACUACAGAUCGAGGCUAUCUCCGGAAUCUUUGGUGCAGUGACAAGUGGUAUUCUGGAACAUGAGGCCAUCUAUAAUUCUGCUAAAAGAGUAGCCAAACUCAAAAGUAAACAUCUCUCAUGGCAAGAGGCUCUUAACCCCAAACCACUUUCAUAUUUAAAAGAACUGAAGAAAACACACCUACAACUAUCGAAGACUGCUUAUCAACAGUCUAUCACGCUGGUACGUGAUCAUAGCAAAUGUAUUCCAUUAUCAGAAUCUAUCGAACGUGACAGUGAUAUCGUCUUGCUGACGCCAUUAGUAACGCCUUUGGUAUCAACAAAACAUGAUGCCAACCUCGACCAUUUAUUGUUAGGUGAAAACGUGUUCCAAGAGUUUGGUAGAUCUCUAGCUAGACUACAUACUGGUAAGGUCCUACAUGCUAGUUAUACAGCAAAUGGAGUGAUAAGUAUGCACGACCAGUUGAUCGAGCGGGCUCAGGCUGUUAUAAUCGUGACCACUGAUGCACACAGAAACAUGUAUCAAGUGGGUUUUACUAAACACGUUGGUAUCAUCUGUGCUCAACAGAGAAAGCCUGUUAUCGCUAUUGCUGCCUCCUCUCCAUACGACUUAGCUCUUGACAGGGCAAUCGGAACCUAUCUAUGUUUGUAUGAGUUUACAAACGAAGCGCUUGACACCACGGCAAAAGUACUUUUCGGACAACUUCCUGCAAGGGGUCAUUUUCCAGGCAGCGGUCUGUACCAACGAACACAGAAUCGCCCAACCACCAAUGGAAAUCGUACCAAUCGUAAUAAGUGGCUAGUCGAAAAAUGGAGUCACGAACGUGAUAUGAAACGCCUGAAAACCCUAUGGGAAAACUGUUUUUCUGACCGACAUCUGGGUCCCGGUGUAGGAGGUGCGUUUCAACUUUUGCUGACAAGUGGGCAGACCCACUUCAUUGUGCGCAACUCGUCUACGAACAACUUGUAUGGAUUCUGUGCUACAUGGGUCUAUGAGAAACAAGGAAUUGGAUGCAUUGCUAUGAUAUUUGUGGAGCCUUCUCGAAGGGGAAUGUCAAUUGGACGAAGUUUACAUGACCGAGCCGUGAAAUAUCUGAUACGUGAACGUAAUGUGUCUAGUGUGAAAAUAGGAUGCUCGAUCCCAUCUUUUUUCCACGGAAUCCCAACAAAUAAUUACGGUCCGUUGAUGAAAUGGUUCCAAGAAGCAGGAUGGGUUAUUGACGUUAACCUUGCACAAGUUCUAGCUGCCGACUCGUCUGAUACCGAUCCCAUUCUUCCACAACAGACAUUUAAUUCGACCUACCCACAGCCCACUAAUUCCAUCUCGCAUCCCCACUCCGGGCAUUCUGCAUUGCAUCUCACCGAUGGGUCAAUCGAUCUUGGCGAUACUGUAUCUAACCCUACUGACGGCAGUACUAUCACAGUACUGUCUACUAUGCUGCUGACCUCAUUAUCUGAGUGGAGUCCCUCGAAGACUCUUAUUAGACAAUUGGAAGUGCUAGGUAUUAAAUUCGACAUAUGUCUCAAUGAAGACCGGUUUUCUGAGAUCAUGGCAUUUGCGAAUAGCCCUAAAUAUGCACAGUUUGAGGGACUGACUGAGCUGUAUCGUGAGGCACUUUCCAGCGGAGACUCGAAGAUCAUUGUCGCCCUCGACCCUGUCAAGAAGACCGUGGUCGGCAGUAUCAUCCUGUUUACUCGAGGCAGCAGUAUUGCUUCGUACAUGCCGUGGAUUGUCGAGUUCGAGGAUGCUCGUGUCGGAGGUCUUUGCGGAGUCAUAACCGAUCCGCAAUACAACAAAGAGCUGGAGUCAGUGUUCAAUUGCGGUCUUGUGGGUUGUGGCGUGCGUCAGUUCAAACUCCAGGGCUUUGAGCGUUGCGUUAUAGACAGGGCUACCGGUCACCAAGCCGAAGGCUACGCCGAAAACGGCUUUUAUACACUUCGCCGCUAUCUUCAAGUGUCGAACGUGGCUCAGUCUUUUGUAGUAUAA